CAUAUCUCGCCCACGUCGCCGUGGUCGCGGAAGUUGUCGAGCUCCUGCGCGUACGCGUUCUCCCAGCUGCAAGAAGCACAGAGACGUGAAAAAAAAAGCGGCGAGUAAUGCACCACGGGUGUCGCGCGAUCACGGUUCCUUACGAGGGGUUUAUCCCAGCGACAGCGUCGCCGUCGUCGUCGUCGUCGCGGUCGUCGACGUCGGAGUGCCGCCUCUGCCGCGCUCCUCGAGGUAUCGAACGUGAGCGGCGCGGCGCUGCCUGCUGCGCCGGGUAUAUAAAUGCGCGGCGCCGGCGGGCGCGCUCAGUAUGUGUCAUGCAUUGCGAGUGCAAGCGUCGUCUGUGAUGGCGGCCCGAGUGCGGUUGAAGAUGCCGCGCCGCCGUUGCUGCACCACCGCCGGCGUGUCGUCGCUCGCCGUUCUGCUCGCGAUGUGCGCUGUGAAUCUCGUGAAUGGGAUGUUCGAGCACCGCCACUGCGACCACCAGCAUCCGCGGGCGCACGAGAUAAUCCACGGCGUGCACAUCGAGCCUGCGCACGAAGUAAAGAAACGCAGCAUCAGCCAGCCAGUUCGCAUUCUGCUGUCUUACGACGAGAGCGUCUUCAGGUGAGUCUUCAUG